AUGAAAGCGAUUUCAUUUUUGCUCUACUCCUUCGCCUCAACUUUAUCAUCUAAAGACACAAUUGCAGCUUUUUCAGUGGAGACCUUCAAAGAGUCGGAGACAAGGCUAUGGGAUGCUCCGAUGAUGAAGCUGCUGGGUUUCUCCUCUCUGCGUCUUUUCGUUUUUCUCGAUUGUGAGGUCAUAAACCAAGCCAGUGGUGACGAGGAGCUAGAUCCCGAGGAGGGAAUGUGCUUCGGAAUAUUAGAAGAUGCGCGUGCAUAUUAUUACCGAUAUGCGGCUAGGACUGGAUUUGUCAUCAAAAUAAGAACCACCGGCUGGGAGAGUAGAAACGAUCAGAGGGUGGUUGUUAAUCAGGCUUUGCAUUGUAACAGAGAUGGAUACCGCACAUCCUGUGUAAAGGCACCCAAGAGAAGGAAAACGGUGGCCUCAACAAACUGCAAAAUCCGUUGCUAUUUGGCAUUAGAUAAGAUGACAAGGAAGUGGAAGAUUUCUCGAGUAGAGGUGUCCCACUCACACCCGCUCAAUUCGAAGCUAUCUGGAAUGUUCUCAGCAAACCGUCAGCUAAGUAUGCAUGUGAAGGACAUGAUACAGCAAAAUGACCAAGCUGGCAUUAGACCGAGUAAGAUGUACCAGGCACUAGCCAAUGCCACCAGUGUCUCUGCCAACCUCACCUUUACGGAGAAGGAUGUUAGAAAUUACAUUAGUCGUCACUUACGCAUUUUCGGGGAUGAGAUGGAUCCAAAAGAAGCUGCAUGGAAAUAUUUUGGUGACAUCGUGACGUUUGACACUACUUACAAGACUAAUAGAUAUGACAUGCCGUUCGGGUCUUUCGUAGAUGUCAACCAACAUGGGAUGUCUACGCUUCUUGGGUGCGCAUUAUUGUGGAAUGAGGACAUUCGUACAUUCCAAUGGCUUUUUCGUACUUGGUUGAAGUGCAUGGAUAUGUUUGCUGACCGACACAUGUGGGUGCCAGUAUUUUUCAAGAACGAAUUCUGGGCUGGCAUGAGGAGCACACAGCGUAGUGAGAGCAUGCAUUUAGUUUUCAAUAAGUACUUAAACAGUAAGAGCUUUUUGUUGCAAUUUGUUCGUCAAUACCAAAACUGUGUUAUAGACAAGGAGCAAAAGGAGCUUGAGUGUGACGCUGCUGAUUUAAGGGGGAUUAUCCCUUGUGUUUUCAGCUCACCAAUAGAGAAGCAGUUCCAAAGAGAAUAUACAAACUCCAUGUUUCGAGACGUUCAGGAUCAAUUUAUAAAAGAGGUCGAUUGUGACAUCUCCUCUAUCAACCAUCAUGGCACAAGUAUAGUUUGUGAAGUUGACCAACAAAAGAUGGUGUUUGACAUGUUAGUGUAUAGCAGAUACCAAGUCAUGUAUUGCUCGCAGUCAUCAAAAGUUCAAUGUGAUUGCUUUAGGUUCCAAUUGAAUGGUAUUCUAUGCUGCCACAGUCUUGCUGUUCUUCUACAUUUUCGUGUAACAGCAGUGUCCUCACAAUACAUUCUAUCCUGA